UUUGGUUCGUGAUUCUUCUCCAGUUCUCCCGUCUCCUGUCUGCCGAUCCAGUCACAGAUCCAAUGAAUUUUGUGUGGUGUCCAUCGAGCUUAACCUGCAACAGGCUCUCACUCCCAGUCAGGUUUGGCUUGUUUACCCAUACCGCAUUGUGACUGUUUCAAGCCAAGCGGCCAUUCUAGGUUAGGCAGGUCUGCCGCCGGUGUGUUAUGGACGGUCGUCAGAGAACCCGACCUUUUGUCUUGUCCGGCCGUCCGGUCCUCCCACCAGGCAUCCAAGGAGAAGACGAUGAUAGCGGAUGGCCAUGACUCAUGUGGCGGCUAUCUCAAAAUCCGGUCCCGAUUUAAUGGUGUAACAAAUCUUAUCUUAUAUUUUUGCCUGUUAUAAUGAACCCAACCCAACAUGAGAUGCGCGCCCGAAAUUCCUGUCAAAGGCAGUCAGCCAGUGCGCGUCACGGCAGGUGCGCGACAGCGACAACGAAUGAACGCCGAUCCCGGCAGCAAGGCCGGCGCGCUGGUCCAGUCCAAGGCGUCCAUUUCCUGUCAUCCCGAUCCGCCGGUCCCGGUCCUUCCCGUGCUCACAGGCUCCUCUCAAUCCCAAAUCAAUCAAUCAUCAGAACCGGACGCGCGCCUACUUCGCUUUACAAGUGUAUGCAGGGUGAGCGUCGAUCGGUGCGCCGCCGGCCGGCGUGGUGCCUGGUGCGCGCUGGUGGCCUGGUCUCCGGCGGCGUGGUGCGCGCCGUCCCAUCAGGAUCCAGUAUCCGGACACCCGGACCUUCCUGCUCGUUCGGGCCCGGCGCGGCCGCCGACGUGGCGGGUUCGGCCGCGCACGGGCUCGGUCGGCGUCUUGCCCCCGCCCGGUCCCGCGGUUCGCCUCGGCUGCGCUCCGGCCGCAGGCGCAGAGGAGACGGGUGGUUGGUUCCCGUGCGCUGCGCGGCGGUUGUCGAGCGGGGGCGAGAUCGAGGCGGGGCGGUGCACGCUGGAAUGCUCCCGCGGCGUGCGGCGCGCGCGCGGUUGCUCGUGCUCGUGCUCGUGCGCGCCGGCGGGGAGCAGGACAAAAUUGGUGGCAUCCCGCGUGACCUCAUCAUCGCGCGCGAUCCGUGGCCGCGGGCAGGCGGGCGGGCCACGGCACCGGCAGCAACGGUGGCAAUGUUUGGCUGUGCGGCCCGUGCGCCGGGCGCGGAUCGCGUACGUCGGCGACUGGCCGGACGUGCCCGGCCACGCACGCGUUGCUGCGGCCUGCGGCGAUACCUGUUGGUGGUGGUGCCGAGGUGCUGGGGAAGUGGGGCAUGCCAAAUCCUGUGCUACGUGGUUGGUGGGAUGGGGGAGAUGGGAUGCCGAAAGGGCUUGCUUUCGAAAGGCACUUUGUUUGGAGAUCAGAACCGUGCUCCACUUGGGGCUUUGCUGCUGGGCAACUGCAUGCCUUGAUGUGUGUGGCGCAUGCCUGACGAGCACUGUAGCGGUUUCGGCACUUAGAUGAUAUGUCAUGUCUUUGUUUUUUUUGAAAGGAUGAUGUGUCAUGUCAGUAUUGUACAAACACGAAACACCUAGCUGCCGAGAAUGUAGCACGAUUUAGUUCCGUUCCCUAGUGUCGAAUCGAUAAGAUGCCGUGUCAUGCACCCAUGGAACCGUGCAAUUCCAGAAAAGGGAGGUUUAUGGAAUUAUGGUUCAAGGUAACGCAAUGUACUCCGUAGCUGCAUUAGAUAACACUAGAACUC